AAAAACAGACAACGCCUGCUGCCGGUCACAGCACAGAACAAUUAGGAUCCGCUCAUGAACGAACGCAGCGGAAAAGCUCCUCUCUUCACUGUGGGAUUGUUUCUGGGGGACAGUUGUCCGACCUGACAGGGCAGAAUGUCACGCCGGGACCAGAGGUUUCGGAGAGGAACGAAAGGACGGUGUUGUGAAUGUGGCUGCAUCUUGUCUCACUGGUACUAUGAGAAAGAGGGACAGCUCUACUGCAAGAAGCACUACUGGGCCCGCUAUGGAGAGCACUGCCACGGCUGCAGAGACACCAUCGCAACAGGACUCAUCAUGGUGGCUGGAGAGCAGAAGUACCACCCUGAAUGCUUCACAUGUAUGAGCUGUGAAAUGUUCAUUGGAGAUGGAGACAGCUACACACUCGUCGAGCGCACAAAACUCUACUGUGGCCAUUGCUUCUGUCCGGGUGAAGUAUCCGCUGCGAGGUCAGCCUCUUCCCUCACCAAGCGUCCACACACGGUGGCGCUGGUGUCUCUCCCUCCCCAUGCUGGACGAGGCCUGUCUGUAGCCACUGACCUCAGCCAGGAGAAAGGCCCUCUCGUCACCGUGACAGGGUUAGACUCCUCCACCCUCAGCCCUGAGCUGCUGUCCUCCGUCCACAUGGGGGACCGGGUUCUGGAGGUAAACGGCAUCCCCGUCCUCAACAUUUCCCCAGACGAGAUAAACUGUGUGAUCCAGGACACAAACCGACCGCUGCAGCUGACCAUUGAACACAACCCACAGUCUCCUGAUGACCCUCCUCUCUCAAACGAUCCCCCGGACAACGUCAGCUGUCCUGAACCGUGUGUCUGUGAAAAACUUUCUUCAACCCAUAAACUCCCAAGUCUAGAGGAAGAGCCGAGUCCAGGGGGGGAGACAGAUGAACCAAUCAGGGUGAGCCUCUCACCGCCUGAGCACCAAGGAAUGAGAUCUAGACACAUUCUGCGCAGCUGUAGUAUAGAUAAGUGUCCUCUGUCCCCUGGAGCUCUGUCACUUUUAUCUCAUAGAAGAGAAAUGGUUCGCUCCGAGUCUCUUCGUGCGGACCCUGGAGAUCGGACUCAUCGCAUCUUCCGACCUUCUGACCUCAUCCAUGGAGAAGUGCUUGGCAAGGGCUUCUUUGGACAGGCUGUCAAGGUAACACAUCAGGAGACAGGGGAGGUGAUGGUGAUGAAAGAGUUGAUACGGUUUGAUGAGGAGACGCAGAAGACUUUCUUGAAGGAAGUGAAGGUGAUGCGCUGUAUGGACCAUCCCAAUGUCCUAAAGUUCAUUGGACUGUUUUAUAAAGACAAACGGAUAAACUUUGUCUCUGAAUACAUCCAGGGAGGAACUCUCAGAGAGACCAUCAUUAAAAUGGACAAAGAUUUUCCCUGGAGUGUCAGAGUGGGUUAUGCUAAAGACAUUGCAGCUGGAAUGGCUUAUCUACACUCCAUGAACGUUAUUCACCGAGAUCUUAACUCACACAACUGCCUGGUCAGAGAGAACCAGUCUGUGGUGGUGGCAGACUUUGGACUAGCCAGGCUGGUGAGGGAGGAGAGAAAUCAGAGCAAAACCUCUUCUCUGGAAAGGCCUCCUAAGGGAACACUGUCAGAUAUCCGCAGGCCUGACCGGAGGAAGCGCUACACCGUGGUGGGAAACCCCUACUGGAUGGCCCCUGAGAUGAUUAGUGGAAAAACCUAUGAUGAACGGGUGGACAUCUUUUCCUUUGGUAUCAUGAUAUGUGAGAUAAUAGGUAGAGUGAACGCUGACCCCGACUACCUUCCCCGGUCAAAUGACUUUGGGCUAAAUGUGUCCGGCUUCCUGCAGCAGUACCACCCUCCUCAGUGCCCCCCCGCCUUCAUGCCGCUGGGUGUACUUUGCUGUGACAUGGACGCUGAAAAACGUCCUUCCUUUUCAAAGCUGGAGGAGUGGCUGGAGAACCUGCUGAUGCACCUGAACAUCGGGCUGCCUCAGCUCUCUGAGUUAGAGCAGCUCAGCAGAGGCUUCUGGAUGAACCACAACCACCAAAACCAAACCAGGAACCAGGAUAAAUCCCCUGAUUCUCAUGAACAAACCCAGUGCUCACAGACACAAAGACACAGCCCUGACGCCAAGUUACAUUCAGACAAUGCAAAUAACCACACGGAGCCUAAUCACCUUACCGAGAGCCAAAAUCGAAAUAGCACACCUGAGAGACAUUCGGAUGAAGAGCAUGACAACCAUGAGAUGAGACCAGAGGAUAACCACUCCUGUUUGAGCAGACAAUGUAAGGAUCACUCACAAGAGAAGAGCAAGACGUGUUGCAAGUCGACGAGCGUAGACUCAGGCGAAAAUGGGUCUAAAUCCUCUGAACGGAAUAACCCCUCAGGACAACCAGAAGUCCAGGAGGAGCCCUCACAACAACUGCAGGUCAACACUUCGCUAGGACGCUCUAACAGGCAGAGAAGGACAUGCAGAGUGCUGUGGGACAGAUCUGAAGAGGACAGCGCUUUUCUCUGACUGCUUUUUUUGAUGGCCAAGACGAAACACAGUUUUCAGGAAUACAUUUUUUUUAAAAGACAAUUGUGCCUUUUUAAAAUGACUGGGAGAGUUAUUAAAUAGUUUAAGUUAUACAGAGAACCUGCAGAGGCAUAACAUUGCAAGUAUAUGUGAUAUUUUACAUUAAAAGCUAAACAGAU